UUGUGACUGUACAACGUCGGCAUCUUUCAUUCAUAGCCAUAUUGUUUGCGGUGGCAGCCAUUAAAGUAUAGUGCUUGAUAAACUGUUAAAAUAUCGAUAAAUACAUGGUUUUUUUUUGUUUAUUUGUGUAAAAAUAUUGACAUAGGACUAUUAUUGAUAUUUACUGAUAUUUAUUUAGAAUUAAAAGAAGAUGGGUCGCAAAAAGAGUAAAAGACAAGCACCAGUUAAACGAAAAGCAAUAGAACCACUUGAAACACAAUUUACAUGUCCAUUUUGCAAUCAUGAAAAAUCUUGUGAAGUCAAAAUGGAGAAAGUAAGGAAAACAGCUAAAAUCAGCUGUCGUAUUUGUUCAGAAGAGUAUCAAACUACAGUGAACGUUUUAUCUGAUCCAUUAGAUGUAUAUAAUGACUGGAUUGAUGCAUGUGAUGCUGCCAACUAAUAAUUAAAUACUUAUCAAAUAAUGAUGAACAAGUGAUAUUUGAUUCAUGAUAUUAAGACAAUAAGAUAUUAUUCGGCCUAUUAUAAGAUAUUUCAAUCAUACUCUACUCUUAAGCGAUUAAACAAUCACAAAUGACUACAAAAUAUAGAGGAAAUAUAUAUUUAAAUUAUUUAACAAAUAAAUAAUUCAUAAUACGUACGAGCGACAACUGGGAGUAUUAUGUCGUUACUAAUUGGUGUAAAAUAUCGAAAUAAAUAUAAAAAUUAAUUUUUAA